CUUCGAGCGACGGCUGCGAUUCUCCCAUCCCCCCACUUCCAAACUCCCACCUAACGUCUUCCUGCCAAGCAACGCAACGCCCACGCUCUACGCGCACGCACGACUACAGGCACAGCAGCGUCCUCGAAGAAACACGAACGGCAUUUCGAAACACGAUUAGGCAUCAUGGAGGAUUUUCAAGGGAUGGAGGAGAAAGCAUUCGUAGUCGAAGAAGUCAACAACGCCAUCAAAGAAUCCAUCGAAGCCACUCUCCAAAACGCGGCGUACCACCACGGGAAAGUCGCGCAAUGGAACUCGAAUAUCGUCGAGCAGUGCUUGAAGCGGUUGACGGGGCUCAACAAGCCUUUCAAGUAUAUCGUGACGUGCACGAUAAUGCAGAAGAACGGCGCGGGUCUGCAUGCGGCGUCGAGCUGCUAUUGGGAUAAUUCGAGCGACGGAAGCACGACGUACAAGUACGAGUCAAAGACGAUGUACGCAAUCGUCAAUGCUUUUGGGUUGGCUAUUUGAGGGGGUAUUGACUCGGCACCACCGUAUGCCGGGGGACCUUUUUUGGGAGGAGAGGGGGGCACGCUGGACCGUUGCG